GGAGGUCAUCAAAAUCAGAGCAGCAAACGGGAAGAAGAUUUGAUUCGGAGAGAGAAAAAACACAGAAAAACAACAGAAAAUGGAGCACGGACCUAUAUGCGGUGGUGUUUCGGAAGUCGAGGGAAAUGCUAACAGUCUUGAGUUCCAGGAACUUGCUCGGUUCGCCGUCAAUGAGCACAAUAGGAAAGAGAAUGCUUUGCUCCAGUUCAAGAGGAUUGUGAAUGUAAGGCAGCAAGUGGUUGGAGGCAUGAUGUACUACAUCACUUUGGAGGCUUUAGAGGGUCACAGGACGAAGGUGUACGAGGCCAAGGUCUGGGUGCAGCUUUGGGAGAAUUCCAGGAGCUUAGAGGAAUUCACGCUUCUUGGUGAUGCUAAUUAGCUCAGUAAUGAAGUAAAUAAUUGUGGGUUAUGAUGGAAAUAAAUGGAUUAUUUCGAGUGAAACUUAUUUUUAAAAUUUGUAUUUUGAUUUAGAUGUGAGAGAAUAAAAAUUCAAUAAUAAAAAUUGAAAAUUUUUAACUCCAAAAGAAUUUUAAUUGUAUUACUUUCAAAAAAUUUUGGAGUUAGAUUUUCAGUUUUAAUCUUUAUUCUCUCAAUAACUAAAUCAAAUACAAAUUUUGAAAUAAAAUUUUACGAAAAAAAUCCAUUUCGAUAUUCUACUGUGUGAUAUUUAAAUUGAGAGCUUUCUUUCGAUAGAUAUAUAUCAGCAUAUCUAUGUGUGUAAUAUGUUUGUAAAUGUGAUACAUUUAUUCGAGUAUCAUAUCAUGGUUUAUAGAAUGUUAUUCACACUUCAA